AUGAAUGUGAUCCAAGAACCGGCUAGGAAGUUAUUUAUCAGUCAGCACACCUACUUAAAACGUAAUACUGAAAACGAAAGAUGUAAAUGGGUUAUCAAAACGAAGCGUAACUCAAUUCCUGUUAGUUUAGUUUGGAUUCAAGGAGUUGUUAUUUGUGACACACUAAACAGAGUGAUUAUUGAUGAUGGAACUGGAGUUGCCAAUGUGUUUUCAGCUAAAGAAGCUCCUGGAUUUGGCUCUUGGCUUAAAAAUGGCCGUUAUGUCAUGAUUGUGGGAGAACUGCUCUCGGUGCAUCCAUCUGUAAAGGUCAAAGCACUCAAAAUAACAGAACUUCCUAGGCUGAAUUCCGAGACUCUGUGGAUUCUAGAAGUUUUAGAUUAUUGGAAAUUAUGUGAGAAAUCAUGA